AUGCCGCCACUUGAGGAUUCAAGUGAUAUUAAGAUGCCCAUAAGUGAAGAGAUGUUAGUGGCACGAAGAGCCUUGAGUGCACAUGCCAAAGUAGAUGAGGCACAACGUGAUAAUAUUUCUCAUACUAGAUGCCAUGUAAAUAACAAAUUAUGUAGUAUGAUUAUUGAUGGGGGUAGUUGUACAAAUGUUGCUAGUGUUGAGUUAGUUGAAAAGCUUGACUUUUCUGCUUUAGCACAUCCUAGACCUUACAAAUUGCAAUGGGUAAAUGAUUAUGGAGACAUUAAGGUGACUAAACAAGUUUUAGUGUCUUUCUCUAUUGGGUGUUAUAAGGAUGAGGUCUUAUGUGAUGUCGUACCUAUGCAUCAGGACAGACAAAAGAGUUAUGCUGAUUUGCAUCGAAGGGAAAUGGAAUAUAUUGUGGGUGAUAAAGUUUUCUUGCGGGUAUCACCAUGGAAAGGAAUAUUAAGGUUUGGUAAACAAGGGAAAUUGAGUCCGAGGUAUGUAGGACCUUAUGAAAUUAUUGAAAGAGUUGGACCAUUGGCUUAUAGGUUAGCAUUACCUACAGAGUUGUCUUCUAUUCAUGAUGUUUUUCACGUUUCUAUGUUGAGGCGAUAUAGAUCAGAUCCUAGUCAUAUCAUUCCAGAGCCAGAGAUAGAAAUCACAGAAAAGUUGACAUAUGUGGAAGAACCGAUAGAAAUUCUUGAUCGAAGGGUUAAGAAAUUGAGAAAUAAAGACAUUCCUAUGGUCAAAAUUAAGUGGAGUCAUCAUUCACCAAGAGAAGCAACUUGGGAAGUAGAAGAGCAUAUGAGAUGUAAGUAUCCGCAU